GUGCCUCGAACGCGUACCCAUCUCUAGCCAUCGCGUCGAAAGUGUCGAGUCCUCCAGAGUUCCUGUGUGCCGGGACUUUCCUUCUCCUCCGCGUCAUGAUGCGUCUCCUGUUACUGCCACUGUUCCUCUUCACCCUGUCCAUGGCCUGCAUGGGCCAGACCUUUCAGUAUUCACGGGGCUGGACCAAUGGCAAGAGGGCUUUGAAUCCGGCCGCAUCACCGCUGCUGGGCAACGGUGGCCACUUUCACCGGAGCAACGAGCUGGGCUACACGGAUCUGUACGAUCUGCAGGAUUGGAGCAGUGAACGGCGAUUGGAGCGCUGCCUGUCACAACUCCAACGCUCUUUGAUCGGUCGCAACUGUGCCCCCGCUACAGACUUAAAUCGAGUUGGGGAUGCCGACUCUGGGGACAACUCCCAUCUCCUACCCAGGCUCAAUGGCAACCUGAACAGUGAAAAUGUUCUGUACUCCAACAUCAAUUCAAACUCCAAUCGACAUCGCCAGUCCAACGAGCUGCUCGAGGAGCUGAGUGCCGCCGCCAGUGGCGGAGGAGGAGGCUCCUCCUCCGAGCCCAAUGUUUUUGGAAAGCAUUAGCUCGGAUCUCUUAGUGUCUAUUAGAAAAAGUAUUGUUAAACUAGCAAAAAGUGCUACAAAAAUGUAAAAAAAAGAAACCAAGCCAUGUUGUUUUAUAUCUUU